UGGCCGCUAUAAUAUCUGUAUUCUAGGAUCACCUUGGUAAUUUAUUUUAUAAUUUGGUAUAGCAACAGCUGAUUCUGAUAAUGUUAAAAUGGAGGAAUUGGUUCAAGAUUUGACUUCAGCUCUAGAGGAAUCAGAGUUAAAAAUAGAAGUGGAUCAAGAGAGCCCUCAGCAUGAUCUAUUUAAAAAACGGCGUAUGCGCAAGAAACGGCCAGUGAUAAAUGAAGAUGGGAUUGUUUUCAAGUAUUUAGAAACUUGUAGUGAUGAAUCAAGCACAAAUACAAGGACUGUAAUCUCUGUAGUCUGUGACAAAAGAUUGAGUGGUUCAGAUACUGAAAGUGGUUUCCUACUGCCGAGAGUACGGAGACACAGAAGACGGAAAACUAAAAGAAUGGAAACGGACACUGGUUUUAAAAAUUAUAUAAAAAACAAAACUGAAUGUUGUAACAGCACAAGGGAAUUAAAUGGAGACCGUAAAAAUGAACUGGAAAGUGGAAUUAGUGCAAGUGAUGAUUCAAAUGAAGACGUAUCAGCUCAAGAUGGGGACGAUGAGAUGACAGACUUUUUUAAUGAGCCAGGAGGAUCAGUUUGUGGCAUCCCAAGUAUUGUUCCAUGGUGGGAAGAAGAUGCAAUGGAAGACACUAAACUUAAAUGCAUCAUUAAUGGAGCAAUGUCAAGCAUGUCGGAUGCAGCUCAGAAAGGUUUUCAUUCCCGAAUAAAUCGACUUCCAGGGAUGGCUGCUCGGUCAAUAAGAAGAGGACGAAGAAGAUACAAACAGAAGAAAACUGGAGAAAGGGUAAUCAAUAAUGGUGAAGCUCCAAGACAAGAAAUUAAGAAUUACAAAAGAAGAAAAACUGAUGAAAUACCAAUUGAGCUUGAUACCAUACCAAACCUUCCACUGCCACAUACAAAUAAAGGACACAAAAUGUUGGUUGGUAUGGGUUGGAAUCCUGGAGAAGGCUUAGGUUUAAAUGGACAAGGAAUCCAAAAUCCAGUUCAUGCAACUAGACGACCAAAAAGAAAUGGACUUGGCCUAUAAAUAGUUUGAUUUCUUUCUUAUAGUGAUAAUGUGGCUAAGUGUGUGACACACCAAUAGAUCUGAAAGAGGACAGUGUUGGAGGUUGUUAAAAUACCUUCUGGAAAAACAGGCAAUAAGAGCAUUCUGCUUUUAUACGCUACGUCCUACAUUAUAACACACCUUUUAAACUAGUUAUCCUAUCAUGAUUACUUGUAUUGUAAUGUUGUUGUUUAAACAACAUAAAGCAAACAAAUAACUUGGUUACCUGUACUAGAUUAAGCCUAAACCAUUUUUAUAAGGUUUUAAGAUUUGGUGUAUUAAUGAAAGGUGUUUUGGUACAUAAUGUUGUUCCUUGUUCUGCAUAUUUGUUAAGUCCAUUUAGUUUUAUUUAUUUUAUUCUAAAAUGUAUUUUAAAUAUGAUCUUGUCCCUAAAAUUGAUUUUACACUUUUACAAUAAUAUGUGUUAUAUCUUAAACAAUGCAUUAUCAUAACAAUUUCAAAAUAUUUUUUUGACAUCCCUAAUAAUUUAUUUUUGGGCUCUAAAUACAUUGUUUUACCCAGA